AUGGCCCUUCAGCACAUCUCGUCCUCCCCACCUGCAGAGUGGACGAUCCUCACCGACAGUAAGCCAGCCCUGGAGAUCCUGAAUUCUCACGCCACCAAAAUCAUCAGCGACCUCCAAACGGCUAUCAUCGCCGCAUCCGACUCUCUUUGCGCCUCUGGCCACAAUGUGCGGCUACAGUGGGUUCCCAGCCACAUAAGCCUCAGUGGGAACUCCCGAGUGGACGCCGCCGCGAGGCGUGCCCACCAAGACGUCGGCCCGCCAGCUAGUAUGCCGCUCACAUCGUCCGCCUGUCUUAUAAAGAUCCGCGAGGGGUGUGCCUCCGAAAUGCGUCGCUCUGUCGAAGACGCUGUACGCUCCAAUGCGUAUAUCCAGUCCAUUGACCCGGCGAUGCAAUUCGCCCCAUACCAGCAGCUCGUCCGCGCAGAAGAAGCGCUGCUGAAUCGGCUCCGACUCAACGUCGCAUAUACACCGCAAUACUUGUGCAGGGUCGGAAAGCGUCGCUCAGCUAGCUGCGCUACCUGUGGCGCAGUAGCAGACGUCGAGCACCUCCUACUAACCUGCUCGGAGUACUCUGCAGCCCGCGCUGUCCUCGCCAAUCGCCUCCAACGCCUCGGACACGGCUCGCUCUCACUGGCCGUGUUUCUCGGCCCCGUCGCACGCCAACAGCAGGGAGCCGUUACAAGGGCUCUCCUGCAAUACCUACAGGACACCCAGCUGAGUGUUACGCUGUAA